AUGAACAACGUCCCGGAAAUCAGGAAAUACGGGACUUUUCCCACAAAACCGACGCCCACAAAGCCGAUGUGUCAUAAUAAAUUCCAGAGAGUUGUGAGUAUGAGAAAUAUUGAACAGUCUGUAUUUUUCAAAGUUUUCAGUCGGCUCAAUUUAGGGAACAAGCGAAAUCGGGCGAAUUUGUGCACAAGAAGAUCCAUUUCGGCGGAACUCCGCGUCUGAAAUAUCGAGAAGGCGGCGAGCGAUUUCAGAAGAAAAUCGAGAAAAACGGAGAGAAAAAGACGAAAAAUGUCAAGGGAAACAAGCGAUCUCAGAAGGAGCACGCCGGGAAAAAGAACAAAAAUCAGGUGGGUCUUUCAUUGUCAAUUUUUCCAAUGAAACCUUUAUUGCAGAAGUCGAAAAAAGCGAAAGGCGAGCCGGUGAAAGGAACGUCGACAGAAUACGCGCAACUCGCCAAUUCGGACGGAGAAGACGACGAUGACGUCAUCGACGUCACCGACAUGCUCCAGAAGUCGGACGACGACGAAGAGAAAGAGGCUUCCGAAGUUCCGAUGAUAAAUUCCACGAAAACCGUGAAAAAUUCCGUUGAAACCUCGAAGUUUUCGACGGGAAAUCGAUUCAACGCUAUCGGAGAGUACGAAAAGGAGGAGCCGCCGAAAAAGAAGCAAAAAACAGAGGAUUCUGACGAUUCUGAUGCUCCAGAAGCUCCAGAAGCUCCAGAAGACGUCGCCGGAGAAUCGGAAGAGUCUGAAGAUGAUGACGAAGCGGAAAGGCUGAAAUUUCGCGCGGAAAUGGCCCAAAUGCCGCUGGGAAAAGUGCGAGAAAUGAAAGAGAAAUUGGGCAUCAAAUUAUUCAACAAGACCUAUUUCGGCACGUCGGAAGUGGAGAAAAAGAAGAAAAUCGAGCAGAAGAGGCAGAUGAGAACAACGGAAAACGGCGGACAGCACCGGCCCAAGGAGAUUUCGUCAAAAAGACCCGUCUCGACGUUCCGGAAUGUGUACGGCGAACACGAGAUUGGCGCCAAGAAAAAGUACGCUUUUCUGGCAGUUGUUCAUCUUUUUUUCGAAAAAGCUCAAAAUCAACACUUCAAAAGAUAG